UCUAAAUCGUAAUUCAAACUGUGUAUUUUCUUCAAUGAUGUCUUCCUAACCUCUUCCAAACAGACAUCCUAAAAGCCAAUGCAAUUAUACGGGAAAAUGACUGCGGCAACUAAAAGCAGAGCAUUAGAGUUUUUAAAAUUUGUAAAUUCAAGUCCAACUCCUUAUCAUGUAACGAAAAACUUGGCCGAAUACUAUAACUCUCAUGGGUUUCAAUACCUCAGUGAGAAACAAGAGCUUUCUCCCUCCCUUUUAAAGAACGGGAAGUCUUACUACGUAGUUCGUAAUCAAUCUAGUAUUGUUGCGUUUAGUAUUGGUGGAAAAUGGAAACCAGGUAAUGGUUUCUCUAUAAUCGCUACUCAUACAGAUUCACCUACUUUGCGCUUGAAACCUAAGUCUAAAAAAUCUGCGAAUGGAUACAUGCAAAUAGGCGUGGAACAGUAUGGUGGUGGUAUUUGGCAUAGUUGGUUCGACCGAGACCUUUCUUUGGCUGGUCGUGUAUUGGUACAAGAGGAUGAUGGUCGUGUUGUACAACGUAACGUGCAUAUUGAUCGCCCCCUUGUCCGAAUCCCAACAUUGGCUAUUCAUUUGGACCGAAGUGCAAACGCAUCCUUUUCGUUCAACAUGGAAACCGAAUUUGCUCCCCUUCUAGGUCUUGAACAAGAGUUAUCGAAAGAGGAAGUGUCUGAAGACAAUGAAGCUCACCAUCCGGCUUUACUUUCACUCAUCGCUAGUGAGCUUGGUUCGGAUGUAUCACCGAAAAGCAUUGUCGAUUUCGAAUUAAUAUUGGGUGAUUAUGAAAAAGCUCGUCUUGGAGGUAUCCACGAAGAAUUUGUCUUCUCUCCACGUUUGGACAACCAGGGUAUGACAUUUAGUGCUUCUCGUUCCUUGAUCAAUUCUCUUUCAGAAAACUCGUUAGAAGAUGAUCCCUGUAUUCGUGUAGUUGCUUCGUUUGACCAUGAGGAGAUUGGUUCUGUUUCCGCCCAAGGUGCCGAAAGUAAUUUUCUUCUAUCUGUGCUAGAACGCUUAUCCGGAAGCAUGGAAAGCUACUAUAGUUCUAUGAGAUCCAGCUUUCUUAUUUCUGCAGAUAUGGCUCAUGCUAUUCAUCCCAAUUAUUCUUCCAAAUAUGAGUCUACCAAUUAUGCCGAGCUCAACAAAGGAACAGUGCUCAAGAUAAACGCUAACCAGAGAUAUAUGACUAAUGCUCAUGGUAUGGCAAUUAUUAAAAGAGCUUCUCAAUUGUCAAAGGCUCCUAUUCAGGUAUUCGUAGUUCGAAAUGAUUCCCCAUGCGGUAGCACAAUUGGUCCCAAGUUGGCCGCAAUGACUGGUAUUCCCACACUGGAUCUUGGUAACCCAAUGCUCUCUAUGCAUUCUUGCAGAGAGAUGUGUGGAACGAAAGACUUUGAAUACUCAGUUCAACUAUUAUCUGCUUUCUUCCAAAAUUUCUCGGACAUGGAGAAACACAUUGUUAUUGACAAUUAAAGAUGAUAUCUUAGAAAAUAGAUAAUAUUACAACCUUGGAUAAGCUAUCUAGCUUUCUUCUUGAUUAAUUCUAUUAGUUCUUCAUACUGAACAACGGUUGCUGCAAUAGAAUCAAUAUAAUCUUUUAAGUCUUAGAGAGAAAGAUUGAAACAACCUUAACUAAAACUAUGGAAAUGAAAUCAAUGAAGCGUCCUCGGAACAAAUUAUCUACUCCCUAUACAAUUCACAUCUUGAAGUAAUUGUAAAAAGAAAACAGUCAACUUAGUUUGAUGUUUAACUCAAAUU